AUGGAGAACAUGAACAUUGAAAUUGUCAACAACAAAACCAUGCAAGAUCCCAUUUUCACAUUUAUUAUGAAACAGCUAGAAAUAGAAGACGACACUUUUGUCAAUGCUCUGCUUCAAGUGGAAAGAGCCUUCUUUAAACUAACUGCCACCCCUUCUCACGUCAAACGAUCUAAACCUCCGAGUGUAUUUAUCAAGUAUCCACCUCUAUCGCCGACCAUAGCUUACAGCAUCCCUAUUAAUACAUUAGUUUUAUCCGUGGGGAUGUUGCUGACUGACAUCAAUUAUUCGGAGUCACCCAAUUGUCUGUCUAUAUCUAAAAGAACCAUCCAUUUGAAUAAUCUUCAGAUCCAGGAGGAAGAUCCAAUUUUAACUUUAUAUUUCGUAUCUGGAAAAUAUGAUCCGAUCCUUAUCAAGGAAUCUGGAGAAGAACGAUCUUCUUAUACGAAAAUACUACAAGAUAAUUCGUUUGAUAAAAAAAAUACAGCAAAUAAAUCUCCAAAUACAGAUUUUCCUUCAAACGUUUGGACCGUGUACUACGAAUCGGAAAAAGAUAAAUUCUUUUUUGAAUUUCAUAAAGAUUUGAUGAAUAAUUUGCCAAACUGUGGAAAACCAAAGCGCAUAAAGCACAGGAUGGAUCACUUAUAUGCUACAAUAAGAAGUAUCGUGAAAAAGAAAACAGUAACUGGACAUUCGAGCAUAAUCUCUAAUGAUCCAUCCUGUACUAGUUCUAUACGUGUAUCUUCUCGAGAAAGUUACGAUAUAAAACAGGAAAAUAAGAUCUGUCCUGAUUAUUCCCGUUUUUCGAGUUCCAUAUUUUCCAACGAUGAUGACCCACCAAAAAAUAAAAUUCGAAAUUCAAGAUGGUGGCAAUUCUGGAAGAAAAUUUGUUGAAAAUAAUCGUGUAAAAAGUAGAAUUUCUUAUAAAAUUUUAAUGUAUUA